CUCGAAAAUACAAAAAAAAAAACAAGCAACCGUCACAAUUACGAUUGCGAACCACCCUGCACGAAAAAUAGUAACUCAGGUGAGUGACCGUGAGAGGGGGGGUCCUUAUUUCAGACUUUAGACGAAAAAAGGAACAAUAUUUUAUCCAUCCAUUUGCGCAAAACUUCCCACUGUGCGUUCGCCACCUAAUCCAAGCCGACAAGCGACUCGCAGCUACGUUUAGUUACAAUCUCAACGUCAAAGCGAACAGUCGUACUUGUUGCAAGCAGUCGUCUAAGUGCAAACCAUUCUUCUAAGUGCAAGCAGUCUUCUAAGUACAAGCGCAGUCUUCUGAGUGCAAGCAGUGUAAAGCUUUCAAAAGGGAAUCGUACGCAAAUCGCUACAAUAACAGCAAAUAACAGACAAUUUGAACGCAUCGAUCAAAUAGUACGUGAACAAUUACCGGCGAAAAAGAAAAGAUCGACUCCAUCAAUCGAACCAUGGGUGAUGAACUGUUCUAUAUCAUACGAAGCGGGAUCCAUUGGUUGGUGAAACUAAUUUGGAGAAUUGUGGACGAUUCGAACCUUCCCACAUCGAGGAAGCGUUUCUUCAUCAACUUGUCCACCCAGUUGCUCAACGAAUCGUUCAAAGACACGAACGUUACAGAGGACUACGAAUGUCUGCUGGUGUAUACCCACAUAGUGGUACAUUAUGCACAGGCCGAAUGUGCCCAAAGUCAGCGUUGUUGCGGAUGCUGCACGGGUGGCCCAAAUAGAUAAAAAGAACGCAAAAAUAAUUUUGAAUCAGAGGAGGUGUUGGGUGGUGGGAAGUCGACAAAAAGUGGAGCCUUUCGAAAUGUAAAAAUGUGACGAAGAACAUUUGACUGUAUUUCUUGGAGAUUGACUAAAUUGAAUUCAGCAAUGUGGCUAAUCUUUCGACCUACGACCUGCAGCGAAUAAUUAUCCAUCUGGCAAUAACGUUAUGUGCACAAAACCAACUAAGCGUCUCGUUCUAAUUCGUUCUACGUGUGAUAUUGCCAUAUUGAACUUGGUUUUAUGAUAUCUAUUUAUGAGCUGAACGUACCGGAUGUUUCAAGCAACAAUAAAACAGCAACGACAAAAAGGGCAUAUGCUGUAACGAACGCAUUGUGAUCGCAGCGAUGUCUAUUGCGGUACUUCCGGACAAACAAGAACAUUAGAGGCAAUGCACAAGUGCUCUAUGACAGACCAACCACAACAACAUGUGACACGUUUUGCACAUUUCGAGGAGGUUUCCAUCCACAGAUGUAACAGUUCCGAGUUCAACCCUUUCUCUACGAUGUACGAUCUACAACUCACCGAGCUAAUCAUCGACGUGUUAUUUUUUGUAAGGAAGCAGAUAAUCGUUUAGGAAGUUUUCGGUAAUAUUAAAUUGUUAAGAUUUCGGUCAAAAAUCAGUUUUUGCCUCACUUAGAAAAUAUUGUUAAAAUUUUUGUUAAAGUUCCUUUAGUUCAUUAUAAAAAAACAAGUUCCUAAAUCGAAAAUGUUUAAAUUCAUGUUGAAAUCUGCAAUACUUUAGUUAAGUUUAUUGUAUAAAAUAUUAGUAUUAUUACAUAUUAAUUCAUCAGUUGUAGCAGAUUGCAUAUGGCUAGCCUUAUAACUUUUGACAGUUUGAUAAAGUUGAAUUGAUGUCGUUUUUUUUUAAAUCUUUUGAAAAUUUUGAAAUUGAAGAACUAAAUUGGAAGAAUAUGAAAAUGAGGUACUUUCAUCAAAACUAUUUACAGCUGUUUAAAAAAAAUGUUCUAAAAGAUCCAGGCUAUAAUAUUUUUAUCUUGUUGACAAGAUAAGACAAGAAGACAGCCAUUGCAAAACAGAGACUAUGAAGAAGGCAACAAGACUUAUGCACAAAUUAUAUAGUGUAAUGUAAAAGAAGAAAUACAAUCGUUCAGGAAUAACCAACAAAGAAGUAAUCCAAAACAAAUCAGUGCAGGAAAGUUCCAGAAGUUAUCAUUAUAAAAAUCGAUCAAAACAAAUGAAACAAAAUUAGUUUGGCGUUAUGUAGGGGGAAAAACGUUUUAUUCAAAUAUUGUUAAAGCAAAAAAAAGAUCAGAAUAACUUAAUAACAAAGCAGAAUAGAAUUGAUCACAAAAUUAGGCAGCGAUCCCAGUAAAGUUAAGAACGUUGAACAGAUUUUAUUUUCUUACAAAAUUUACAAUAAUAUAUAAUAGUGUUGAUAAAAUCAUUUAAAAACAAUUUGGUCCUCAGGGAUCGCCGAAGGAAAUUGGUUGAAUAAACUUGCUGUUCCUGAUAAUAUAAAAACAAAAUUGGUUUAUUGUUUGCUUUUUUUUAACUUUUUUGCGUUUGAUAAGAUUUUACUGCAAGAUUCUCUUAUUUUGAAUCUAAUAUUAGCCGCUGUAUUGAAAUAUUAUAUUUUUAAACAUCAUUUCCUCUUCGGUCGUCUCAGAAUAAAAAAAAACUCUUGGCUGGCCGAAUGUAAAACCAUUAAACAAUUGACAACUGCAAUGACUAAUGCACGUAAAAAAACGUGUAUAGCCGCAAGUGAGCAGGGCCGUGACUGUGGAGCACAUGGUUGGCUUUUUCCCGCACAUUGUGAGUCACCCCAUCCGGUCUUGCAGUAAUUUCAAUUCUUCAUACAACUUCUAGUUUUCUCUUUCUUUCAUUUGCCUUUAUCGUGCCUUCUUUUUCUUGCAUAAAUGGGCGUGGUUAUUCACGGUAAAAAGUGGGCGUGGAAACGUUGCUUUGUGCCUAGAAGUACAUGCACAUAUUGCAUUGAGAAUGCGCAAGAUAUGCAGUUGGGCAAACCAUGGCUGUGGUGAAUGGGAAAAAACCGACCCCACUUGGAACACUUGCGUGAGUACACAGUUGCUGCAUUUAUUGUAAUGUGCAUCGCAAUUAGUUGCAAACUAUCCACGGAAAUAUCAUUUAAUGCUAGGUUGCAACUUCGUAGAAUUUUUUUCAUUUAUUAAUAGAGGUUUUGAGUCUCUUCGCCUCUCAAGAUUCCACUUCCAGUUCUUCGAGUAUAACUCGUAGAUGUAUCGUGUGAAUAAAAAAAAAAGAAUAUCUCAUCAUUUCCGCUAAUUCUUCACAUUCUUCCCAAUGGUAAUUGAACAUGUUCAUCUAUGUUUCGUCUGUUGGGUCGUUAUCUGCCGUGACAUUCAUUACCUGUAGGAUCCUGUUUGUUUUUUUCUGUCCCCACAAUUGUUUGCGCCUUUCGUUAUGCAUUCUGCAGACAGUUACUGACUGGCAAAAGCUUACCUAUGAAAAAAAUCUGUCAAACAAACCAAAAAUUGUCAAACCAAUUUCUCGUAACACAAAGGGCUGUGAAAAAUGAAACGUUUGCAUAAUUGGCGUAAAGCGAAACCAAGCUAAUAAAAUUAUGUGUGCUAACAUCUUUGUGCAGACUAAUUUUUGAGCAAACAAACAAUUUAGUUUGGCGCAGUUUUGCAAAACAUAACAUUGACAGUUCCCCAUACGAUUUGUUAAUCUUUGCUGUGAUAAUACAGGUAUGCAUUAUAGCAAACUACAGAAAUACAGAUCACAGAAUUACUAGAAUUGAGCGUAACUAGCAUUUGCGCGUAUAUCAAAUCUCCGUGCAAUUUCGUUUAUACAUAAAAAUAAGGACUCUAUUUCCUUCCCUAACGAUCAUACAUGCCAAAGCGAGAUGGCUUGUUCGCAUAUGUCAAAUCGCCCUUUUGACACUGACAUUUGAAACAGCUGGACCAAUGGCGUUCCUUUGCUUUUUUUUCAGCGCGAUUGAGCAGUUGUGCCUUGGCGGUCAAUCGUUGUACAUUUCAAAAUCGUCCCAAUCAUGAGCAACGCCGACAGAACCCUUUGGGUGGGCAAUUUGAGUGCACAAGUUUAUAGCGAAAUACUGUACGAAUUUUUCGAACAGGCCGGCCCCGUGCAAAGUGUAACCUUCCGGAACAGUGCAAAUGGACCACAGUAUCGUUACGCCUUCGUUACGUUCCAGGAUGCUGGUAGUGUGGAAUAUGCAGUCAACGCAUUGAACGGUAUACCACUUUUCGCGCAUCCGCUACAACUGGAACGGAAGAAGAAACCCAAACGACCAAAACGUAACAAGGCCCAGACGAAACUCCCCAACAUCGUCGGAGCCAAUCGCCUUAAUGCCGCUAGACGAAUUAAACGAAAGCGCUCGGCUGAGCUGGGUCUGGAAAUGUGUAGCGUAAAACGACAUUGUCACGAGGAAGAUAUUAAGCCGUUUUCAACCUGAACACCAUCAGUCGACAACCUCAACAGCACCGUUCCUUAUCCAAUCGUCCAUAGAUGAUCAUUGUAUCAUUCAUAUUUAACACCAACAAAUGCAAAUAUGCAAAUGCAAAAUAACAAGUGCAAAUAUGCCAUUAUGUAUAUGACACAUCUAAUAUAUGCAUCUAAUAUAUGAAUCUAUAUUAAUAAUAUAAAAUAAAUGUAACACCAAAAGAUCUUAAUCUGCUUAUUGGAUUUUUCAAACGGCCUGAAGUACUUUAUCGUAAUCUUUCGGAAGGAAGUAUAAGCCUUUCUAUCUUGGCCUAUUUUUUUAAAAUUUGUGCACAAAUAAGACCGCUCCUUCUGGAGUUAUCAAAAUUUAACUCUUUAGCCGGUUUAGCGGAUACGGAAACUACGUCAUCAAAUGCAAACCCCCUCCCACCAGCGAACUAGGUGAAGGAAAGAAGCACCUCGAACAAACAAAAAGGAACGAAAGGAGAAGGGAAGAAGCAACAGGUUGAGCGGGAUAUGUAGUAUGAUGCGGGAGAAAAUUUUAUAUGAUAAAUAUGUAGAUAAUAGAUAAAUAUGUAGUAUGAAUGCAUGCUAAAUUUUAGGUGAAACAGGCAGUAUUAAAGAUAGGACCGGAAAAAGAUUCAGACGCCCGGAUGCGGUACCGCCAGCAAGUUGACAGCACGCUAUAUAAACCAAGGUGAAUAGAUAUGAGGUGUGCGUAGAAGGAUGGUUUUUUCGCGAGCAGAAAUAUAGAAUUAUAUUUACUGUAGAUCGCCGGGAAAGAGCCAUUGCGUAAAAAUACGUGAAAAUCAAUUUAUUCAACACUUUUCCCCGACUGUAGGUGUCUUUAGUGCUCGAUUGGAAGCGUUUAAAAAAAGUUUGAUUCCUUGCUUGCUUCAAUGUCAACUGGGUACGCUAUUUGGGAACGCAGAAAGGAGACGUUUGUUUCAAAGUAGAACGUGCAGUCGACGUGCUAAGUUUACCGGAGCAUUGAAGUUGCAGCGAAAAAUCGUCCCCGCAAAGUGGUUGUGAAACUGUGCUGGACUGAAAUCAUCAUGGAGGAUUCAAACAAACCCAAAACAUCUGCAAACGAUGCGGAACAUGCACAGCCUAACCGGAAAGUUGGCGCCACUGCUGAGGAAAAGAAAUCCAAGGAAAAGCCGAAGAAGCCGAAGCCACUGGAAACGAAAGACUCAGACGGAAAUGCUCUACAAGGCUGCCCGAAUUUAGCGGAAUGUAAUGAAGUCGAAUUAAUUUCUAUCUUGUCGCAAUAUCUGAGUGCUAUAAGCGAACAACUUGAAGGUCUAUCAUUGCAAGCACGGGCCAAAGCAACAGGAUCCAAAUUUAAGUUAACCUAUGAUGAUUUCUAUCCUCCUGAUAUGAAACCUAAGGAAGAGGUUAGACUAGUGAUUAUCAAUACAGUACAUUUCACUAGUCACAACAUCCUCUAUGUUGUGCUGGAAUACGACAGUGACGAAUAUUACAAAAUAGUGGACGAAGCCGACCAGUAUGGAAUGAUGGACGUUUGCCCAUAUAAGCCCACAGAAAAAAUGGAAGCGUGUCUAGUACAAUUUUAUGGUCUGUGGGGUCGUGCGCUGCUAAUGGAAGAGAACGGAAAGGAGCGGUACAUUAUGCUCGAUCUUGGUGCUUACCAUGAGUUAGAAACGGCCUACGAUUGUCGCCGCUACCCUCCGAAGCUGAGCCGAAAAAUGUUCGUCAUGAAUAUUGUUGUUGACAACCCCGAAGUGCUGGGAAUGUAUUAUUCCUCUGACAAAGAACAUCUGUUGUUCGGUAAGAUCAUACAUGCCAAAAUUUAUACGGCUAACAACGAAAUGCGCAUGAUAAUCAUUUAGAUCUAAUUUAACAAGAUCUAUUUCUAACUUCCAUGAAUUUUCAACUUCCACAUGUUACAUGCUUCAUAUUGCUAUAAAGAAUUCAUAAUGCGCCAGUAAGGCGAUGACCAUAUUGCGUGGUGUUCUUAUUGUGUACUGCUAAUAGUCGUUUCAUGUCGUUGUGUACGGUCGACCCGCGGAUCGACCUGAAUCCGCUUGUUACCGUGAACUGUGGUCAACAGAUUCACACAAUUCACAUAAACAUUUUUGCGAUCAAUUCGUCA